AUGGCAAUGUUUGCCCAGCUGUGGGAGUACUGGCACUCUCGACAGUACGAAGAGGCAGCCGGCGAGGUUUGCCGACUGGUCGGAGUGGAAGAGGAAGCGUUUUCAUCACAGAGGCAGCUGCUGACUGCUGCCGGAGCUUUACAUGCUUCCGAGUGCCCAGCUUGGUCCGAGGAGGAUCGAUCCGUAGCACUGCUUGGGCGCAACUGCUGCAACCGAUUGGCUGAGAGACACUUGCGCAACAGCAACUGGCCCGAAGCAGCUCGAUGGUGCGCCCUAGCCUGGCGACUUGAGGGUGGUCAGAGCUGUGCAAGUCUUUGGCUGGAAGAUGGCAGCUGGGCAGCUGCUCGCUACCAGCGCUUAUUCCAUGCAGCAGAAGUCUUUCGCCUCGCGUGCAAAGGCGGCCAGAAGGCCUCGAAGAAGCCAGCCGAGGAAGGAUUCGAUGGAUCGGAGUAUUUGCAGGCUUCCAGACGAUGCCUGGAAACUUGCGAGGCAAUACUCCAGAGGUGGCCGACCUGCACUGCCAACCCUGAAGGUAUUUAUACCUGCCUGGCAGAAAUCUGUUGGCAGCUGAAGGACAUCGCUGCCGUUAGAUGGAGCUGCCGGCAAGCGUUGUCCCUACUAUCGCCUGUCGCAGGUUUGACCUGCGCUCGUGCAUAUGCGGGCCUUUUUGUCCUCUGGGUGUUUCAAAGUGCCGCGCUGGAAGCCUUCAGCUGGCGAGAGGUGCGUGCAGCACUGCACUGUGCCAGCGACCUCUUCCACAGAUGGGUCAUGGCCAUGAUGGUGAAGCAGAGAUUCGUUGGAGUGAGUGCGGUCAAGGACACGGCUUGGAUUCCAGCAAAGUGUGCAGGCAUGAUCGUGGAUGUAGUGGACCACAACCAGCGGAUCUCUGCCUGUGGGCGAAGCCAAAGGUGGAGAGGCGCCAUACACCUUCUAGAAGCCCUUCAGCCGAAGCUGCGAGCCAGCAUCAUCACUUUCAAUGCAGUAGUGGCUGCGUUUUCACGUGAGAACUGGCAAAGGGCCCUGGACUUGCACAAGCAAUUGCUGCAGAUGUCUGCGAAGCAGGAUGUGAUCACAGUGAACACCUCCGGACAAGCAUUGCAAGCAGAUCAAUGGCAGACUGUCUUCAAUCUGAUGGAGACUGCCUGUAGAGCAAACAUCAGGCUCAGUCAGACAAGCUUUGGAAUUGUCACCAACAGUUGCAAAGGUGGCGAAAACUGGGAUCUGGCAAUUGGUGCACUCAGCCAAAUGCAGAGGACCGCUUUGCAAAGCAACGAGAUCGUCUGGAGCUCCUUGGUACGAAAUGCCGUGGUCUGGGAGACGGGCUUGGAGAUCAUGGAAGCGGCUUUCUUUAAAAGCGCGGGGAGGCCGAACCUUGUUUGCUUCAGCUCCCUGAGCAGCACACUGGACAGGAAAGCCACCUGGAAGAGAUCCUUGUCGUUGCUUGAUGCGGUCCUGGGCCGGCAUCUGCAGCUUGGGAACAGUUUUCUGCACAAUACCGCCUGCAGCUCAUGCGCCAGGGUGGCGCGAUGGGAAAGUGCCGUCGAGGCGCAAGCAGGUAUCGUGAAACAUCGUUUACAGCUGGACGUCGUGGGCUUCACAGCGGUGAUGAGCGCAGUUGAUGCACCGAGCUGGCGACACAUACUAGUUCUGUUGAAGACUGCAUACGCGUCUGGCAUCGAACCCAACAGUCUAGCGUUCAAUGCUGCUGGUGAUGGCCUUGCAAAAAGCCGACACUGGGACGCUGCAUUUUCCCUGUUGGACGUGAUGCAUACCCUUCGCAUGGAGAUGGAUGUGUUCACAUGCAGCCUAGUCUGGACCGGAUAUCGUCUCUCCGGCAAGUUGGCCACAGGCUUCCUGCUGCAAUCCCUGCAUAGCGAUUUGAAGCCAAACAGGGUCUUGCUGUCAAGCGCGAUCACGUUAUGCAAAGAAUGCUACCAGUGGACAUCGGCAUUGGACAUUCUGAGCUCCAUGCGAAGAGCCUAUGCGCAGCCUGAUCUGAUAAGUCACAGUGAUGCUAUUGGAGCAUGUUGCGUGCCUUCUUGGCAGGUUGCUCUCAGCUUGUGGCUGCAGAUGCCUGCUCAGCUGGUGGAGACAGAUGUGGCUUGCACUGCUCAGAUAUUGCAGACUGCCGUUCAGCAGCAAUCCUCCUGUGCACCAGAGCUUGCUGACAAGCUUGAUGCCUGCGCAACCUCGCAGUACGCAGCAUCGCGGGCGUAG